AUGUCCCCAGGUAAUGGGGUCUUUGGGGCCAUGUCCUCAGGUUUAGCGACCCCGGCGCGGCCGGCCCCGUGCCACCUCCCCCCCCCCCCCCACGCUAAGGACCUCUCCUGGUGGCGGGGGGGGAUUUUCUCUGCUCUCCCCGCAGCCCCCAAAUCCCCCGGGGAGAAGACGCGCUACGACACCUCGCUGGGGCUGCUCACCAAGAAGUUCGUCCACCUGCUGAGUGAGUCGGCCGACGGCGUGCUGGACCUCAACCGCGCCGCCGAGGUGCUGGGGGUGCAGAAGCGGCGCAUCUACGACAUCACCAACGUGCUGGAGGGCAUCCAGCUCAUCCGCAAGAAGUCCAAGAACAACAUCCAGUGGAUGGGGACGGGGAUCUUCGAGGACGCGGCGGCGGCGGCCGAGCGGCAGGCGCUGCGCGGGGAGCUGGCCGAGCUGGGCAAGGCGGAGAGGGCGCUGGAGCAGCUCCUGCAGGACUGCGCCCUGCAGCUCCGGCAGCUGACGGACCACGAGGACAACCAGAGGCUGGCGUACGUCACCUACCAGGACCUCCGCACCAUCAGCAACUUCCAGGAGCAGACGGUGAUCGCCGUGAAGGCUCCCCCCGAGACGAGGCUGGAGGUGCCGGAUUUCAGCGAGGACAACCUGCAGCUCCACCUGAAGAGCACCAACGGCCCCAUCGAGGUGUACCUGUGCCCGGAGGAGAUCACGGAGGACAGCCCCACCAAGCAGCACGGCGUCCCUUCUGCCGCCACUCCCCCCCCGCAGGACAGCAGCACCCACCCCUCCCUACAAAACGACCCCGAGCCCCCCGGCGCAUCCCCGCAGCCCCUCCGUGGGCACCGUGCCCCGUCCUUGUCCCCGUCCCUGCCCCUCUCCAGCCCGGGGGGACCCGGCUCGCUGCUGGAGGUGGGGACGGGGCUCCUGGGCUCCCCCCAGCACCUCCUGCAGCAGACGGAGGACCAGCUGCCCUGCGCCCCCUCCUACCUGGACUCGGGCCCCUUCGUCACCUUCUCGCCCCCCCUGGAGCAGGACGACUACCUCUGGGGGCUGGAGGACGGCGAGGGCGUCAGCGACCUCUUCGAGGCGUACGACCUGGGGGAGCUGCUGAAGAACUGAGCCUCUGCUCCCCGAUGCCAUCCCCCCCCCCGCCUGCUGUGUACCCCCAAA